AUGGCACCUUACGAGGCUUUGUAUGGUCGUAAUUGUCAUACUCUGCUAUGUUGGAUUGAGUUGGGUGAGCAUCGGGUGUUGGGUCCUGAAUUAGUUUUUGAGACUAAGGAUAAAGUUUCUCCAUGGAAGAAAGUUCUAAGAUUUGGUUGCAAGGGCAAGCUGAACCCUAGGUUCAUUAGGCCAUAUCAAAUUCUGAAGGAUGUGGCACCUGUUUCUUAUCAGUUGGAGCUACCUUCAGAGUUAGACCAUAUCCAUGAUGUGUUUCAUGUCUCAAUGUUGAGGUCAUAUCGGUCUGACCCAUCUCACAUUGUCUCAGUUGACAAGAUCGAGGUUAUGCUGGAUUUAACUUUUGAGGAGGAGCCGGUUCAGAUUCUAGAUCGUGAUAUUAAGGUUCUAAGGAAGAAAUCCAUAUUGUUAGUGAAGGUUCUAUGGUGGAAUCAUGGCACUGAGGAAGCCACGUGGGAACCUGAGGACUUGAUGCGUAACUAG